ACAUGGUGAGAAUUGCCCUCCUCAAUUCCUCGAGCAGUGAUCUGUGUGCAGCUUUGCCAUUUUUCGAAAUAAAAACAAAAACAGAUGAUCUCGGACUCUCAUGGCUUUAUCUUAAACUACGAACCUGCGAUGACGUUUGGAGUACGCCAGGGAUAAGUGAAGAUGUUCAACGGAAAGUCAGCCGCGAAGAGAGUGAUAUUUGAAAAGGCCGGUUGAAUUGUGCCGUCGAGUGUCAGCCAAUCGGAUGCCCCUGGUUAGUAAUGACAGACAGUAAGGGGAGAUCACUGCCUGCAAUGCCAGAGCCCGGGAGUCCUACCACCAUGAAACAGCCGUCUGAUUCACCUGGUGGAUGUAAGAGUCGGGGUGAUGGGAGCACUGACCCUACUAUGCUCAUGGAUAAAGCUGCUACCCAGAUGGUGGCGGCUACACCUCAAGAAAAUGUUCUGCAGAUAAUUGGCAGUCAUGGUCACAACCACACCCACGAGCGGCUAAAGGACCUGACUUCCCGCUUGUUAAAUGGCGAUCAAGACAAAAUUCCAAAGCUCUGUGCUGCCACAGCUCCACAGCCUCUUCUCAAAGGGGUGGAGCCUCUUCCUCAACACGCCAGCCCUCCGAGAAAGUCCAACGUUUCUCCUGAACUCACUUUCAAAAUAACCAAAUGCGUGGUAAAUCUAGGUGGGAAGACAAGCCGAUACGGAUCGGAUUAUGAAGGGGAAAGAGAAGAGGAGACCGAUGCACCUUUGAGACUAUCAGAAGGUGUUCUGUCCUCUCCAACUGGCAGGAGAGAAAGACGAAAGAAAAAGAGGGGGCUUGUGAGGAAGAGAACUCCACCAAAUCGGAGACGUCCGAUUUUAAACCCUACUGCGAAUUAUGUUCGAUCCCCUCUUCUGCAAACCACCAUAAAUUCGAAUGACCUCACCAUUGAACCAUGCAUUCUUCCCACUAAUGAGCAGACUGAUGGCGAGAUACCUACUAGUGUAAAUCCCACCCCUAUCCAGCAGCCUGUGUAUGCUUGUGAAGUGAGUGAUGUUGCACAGGGCGUGGAUGAUGUGAAAGUGAGUGGUACAGAGACACAACAGCAUGUGCAGUACUCAGUGGGAGAUGUUAUCUGGACCAAAGUGUCUGGAUACCCGUGGUGGCCAUGCAUGAUCACUACUGACCCAGAGUUCAACAUGCACUUUAAGUCGAAAGUGAAUAGCCGCACAGGAUUGUUGUACCAUGUGCAGUACUUCGGAGAUGCUCCAGAGAGAGGAUAUGUCUUUGAGACGAGCAUAGUCACCUUCUCAGGAAAACACCAGUACCAGUCACUUAGCCGCAGCAACAAACUACCCAUUGAUAUCAGUGGAAGGAAGCGGGCAGUUCCUCGUAAGUUCCGGGAACAGUGGGAGACAGGUGUGUCACAGGCAACCGAAGCAUUGGGUCAACUAAUAGAGGAGCGACUGGCCAAAUUCAGCUUUGUUUAUGAAAAGGGGAAAGCCCAGCUCAAUCCUCGCAUGCUACAAGAGCUUCAAGCACAACGCAGUCUGGGACCACAGCAAGACCAAGCUCAGAGGGAGUCUCAAGAGCUUGUCAGCCUCACUCCCCCCGACUCCACUCAUUCCAGCCCCAACUCCACAAUACCUACCACCAUCCCAGGCCUCUUUUCCCACCCCACAGACAGCAGCACUUCAUCAGGGAAAACCACCCUACCCAGAAAAGCACCUAAAACGUCAGUGAAGAAGGAUCGCUGCAGACAGCGUGGCACAACACUGAAGUAUAAGACGUCAAAAGCUUCCUCUGCAAAACAGAUCCCUCUGACUGAAUCUACUGUUCAGGAUUCCUGUAUUUCAUCAGAGACACCUGAACACCAGAGGAAAAGAAAUAUAAAUGCUGGGAAACGGACUUUCCGGAAAAAAGACCUGCUCUGUAUUGAUCUAGACCUUCAGCUAAAAGCUCCUCAGAAGAAACAGAGACAGAUCAGACAGAAGUUUCCUGCAGCACCAAAUUCAGUGAAGAAGAGGAAAAUAAAAGCAGGUGUCAGUAUCUCUGACACUUUAAAUGCAGUUUCCACUAAUCCUGGACUUUCAGAUAUAAAGGUAUCAGUACUAAGCCCAAAUCUUUUGGAGAAGGAUGGCUCUUCUAAAGGAAAGAAAAAAGGCUACAAACGUUUGCGAGAGUCAAAGAAGGAUGUAGCACUGCAGCCUAAAAUGAAAAUCAAGCUUGAAAAGGAGCUGAAAAAGCAGAAAGGCCAAAAGAAUGCACCAUCAGCUGAGGCCUCUGUCACUAAACCGAGGGGGAGGAGGCGGAAAUCCGACAGGGAUGAAGAAAGGAAACAAAUAAAAAAAGCCCCAACUGAGGAGGAGUCUCCUGCUAAAGUCAAACGUGUCAGGAAGCGGAAACAGGAUUUAGGGAGACAAUCGUUACCUGUCGCAUCCAAAAAGCGCCGCGGAUCAUCUUACCCUGAGCCAGAGAGUUUGCUGUGUGAGCAGAGACCCGAUUCUCCCAGUGACAGUACAGACGAAUCACAUCCCUCAAAAAAGACGGAACGCACUGCCGGUGCCAAAAAAGAGAGCGUGUGUCUGGUGUGUGAGCAGAGCGGGGAGGAUCUAGUGAUGUGUGAGGGACAGUGCUGUGGCUCAUAUCACCUGCCUUGUAUUGGACUAGAGCGAUCAGCAGAAAAGGUGCUCUGCACUGCCUGCAUCUCAGGUGUGCAUGUGUGUUUCACCUGUAAGAAGUCUGAAGGAGAGGUGCGGCGUUGCUGUGUUCUUCACUGUGGCCGCUUCUACCAUGAGGCCUGUGUACGGUUGAGCGCUCUGACCGUGUUUGAGAAUCGAGGCUUCCGCUGCCCUCUGCACACCUGCCUCAGCUGCCACUACAGUGGCCGUGGCACUGGCAAGGCCAUCAAAGGAAAGAUGAUGCGUUGUUUGCGCUGUCCCGUGGCCUAUCAUGUUGGAGACCUAUGUGUUGCUGCGGGCAGUGAGAUGCUGUCAUCUUCUGCCAUUGUGUGCACAAACCACUUCAGGGCUAAGAAAGGCUACAGUCACCACUCUCACGUCAAUGUCAGCUGGUGCUUUAUCUGCUCAAAGGGUGUGAAUUCCACUGUCAUUAUAAAGCGGUUUUAUUCCUUUUUUAAUGUAUGGCAUCUGAAGUUGAACAUGACGGCACUAUAUAAAUGGAUGCAUUUGUGUGUUGAAGGUGGCCGUCUGCUGUGCUGCGAGUCAUGUCCAGCUGCAUUUCACCCUGACUGUCUGAACAUCGCUAUGCCUGAUGGCAGCUGGUUCUGUAAUGAUUGUCGCUCAGGGAAGAAACCCAAAUACAGAGAUGUUAUCUGGGUCAAACUGGGGAACUACAGAUGGUGGCCUGCAGAGAUCCGUCACCCUAAGAACAUCCCAACAAACAUCCAGCACCUACGUCAUGAGAUUGGAGAGUUCCCCGUGUUCUUCUUUGGCUCCAAAGACUAUUUCUGGACACACCAGGGCAGAGUCUUUCCUUACAUGGAGGGGGACAGGGGAAGCAAAUACCAACAGACUGGCAUUGGGAAGGUCUUUAAGAAUGCCCUGCUGGAGGCUGAAACUCGCUUUAAGGAGAUUGAGAUGGAGAGGGAGGCCAAAGAGGCUCAAGAGAACAACAAGAAACCUCCUCCCUACAAAUACAUCAAGGUGAAUAAGCCUUGUGGACGAGUGCAGGUCUACACCGCAGACAUUUCUGAGAUCCCCAAGUGUAACUGUAAGCCAUCAGACGAGCGUCCCUGCAGCUUUGAAUCCGAGUGUCUGAACCGCAUGCUGUUGUACGAGUGCCAUCCUCAAGUGUGUCCUGCUGGAGAGCGCUGCCAAAACCAGGACUUCACCAAACGCCACUAUCCCGAGACCAAGAUCAUCCGCACCGCAGGCAAAGGCUGGGGCCUGCUGUCACUGCGAGACAUUAAGAAAGGGGAAUUUGUGAAUGAAUAUGUGGGUGAACUGAUAGACGAGGAGGAGUGCAGAGCCAGAAUCAAAUACGCUCAAGAGAAUGACAUCUCACAUUUCUAUAUGCUCACUAUUGACAAGGAUCGGAUUAUAGAUGCGGGACCCAAAGGGAACUACUCUCGCUUCAUGAACCACAGCUGCCAGCCCAACUGCGAGACUCAGAAAUGGACAGUUAAUGGAGACACUCGCGUGGGCCUGUUUGCCGUGUGUGACAUCGCUUCUGGCACUGAGCUGACAUUUAACUAUAACCUGGACUGUCUUGGGAAUGAAAAGACUGUGUGUCGCUGUGGAGCUCCUAACUGCAGUGGUUUUCUAGGUGACAGACCCAAGAACGGUCAUCCUUCUGAGCCCAAAAACAAGCAUCAGAAGAAAAAGCCCAAGCGGAGAAGGGCCCGGAACGAAGGCAAGAAGUCUGAGGACGAGUGUUUCCGCUGUGGCGAUGGAGGAGAGCUGGUUCUGUGUGACAAGAAGGGCUGCACUAAAGCCUAUCACCUUUCCUGCCUAGACCGCACCAAGAGACCAUUUGGUCGCUGGGACUGUCCCUGGCAUCACUGUGACGUGUGUGGAAAGAACUCCGAUGCUUUCUGCCAGUUAUGCCCUAACUCUUUUUGCAAGGCUCACCAGGAGGGGGCGCUGCGGUCUCACCCGCUCGUGGGCCAGCUCUGCUGCCAGGAACAUGAAGACUCCGAUACCCGCCCUCAGGCAGAGCCCCCACUGGAGCACAGCGCUGAAGUACCCUCAUCCACCAAACCACGCAAAUACAGGCGCAGAACAGAGGCCAAAACCAGCAGCAAAGCACCUCUCAAGAAGAGGUCCAGAAAGACCACUGACGUGUAGUGGGAUAUCGAACUAUGGAACCUGCCUUUCCUCCCACUAAUCCCGACGACCUCCUCAGCUCCUGCCCCAAAUGAUUCAGUGAUCUUGACGUCGUGUGACUGUUCUGCCAAGCUGAAAGCACUGUAUGUGUCUGAUCAGGGAAGCGUGUUAACACUGUAGAGCUCCUCAGAGCUACCGAAUCAGGUCUCCCUUCACUCACACUGCCUCCUCAUGUUCCACUCGUGUGUGUGUGUGCAUGCACUGCCAAAUAGACGACAGAGCCGACAGACUAAACACCUCAAAUAAACAGCAUUACGGACGCCAAACUUGAAACCUUUUUUACGCCGUUAUGAAUCUUGGCAUAGUUUUUUCUCUUUUUUUUUUUUAAAACAGUAGAUAUGUAUAUGGAAAUGUAUAUGAAAGACCAAAAUUAUAAUAAUACUGGAUUUAUUGUUAGUAACAGGUGCCAGAAGUUUUUGUUUUAACAAGUGGUAUCUUUAAAUAAGACACUAUGGGUAGCCCUUGAAUUACAUUUUUAGAGUCAGUUCAUAUAACUAUAGAGCAGCACAAUUUUUUGUUUAUUAUAUAUAGCUUGGUUCAUUUUUGUAGCUCAUUUUUGAGUUUGAGUAACCAGGACCUUAGGGUGUUAAAUCUACCUAUUCAGAGUUUUAAAACGGCGAAUCAUGACGGGCUUCUUGUGAUACUUACGAGAAAUAAAGCUGUUUCAAGCA